AUCUGUCGAGGAUGCUUUUGCCCUUGGGAUGGAGGGAGCAGUGGCGGGAGCAGUGGCGCGAGCAGUGGCGGGAGCAGUGGCGGGAGCAGUGGCAGGAGCCGUGGCGGGAGCAGUGGCGGGAGCAGUGGCGGGAGCAGUGGCGGGAGCAAUGGAGAAGGCAGUGGAAGGAGCAGUGGAGGGAGCAAUGGUGGAAGCAGUGGAGGGAGCAGUGGAGGGAGCAGUGGCAGGAGCAGUGGAGGGGCAGUGGAGGGAGCAGUGGCGGGCGCAGUGGCGGGAGCAGUGGCGGGAGCAGUGGCGGGAGCUGUGGAGGGAGCAGUGGAGAGAGCAGUAGAGGGAGCAGUGAAGUUACCACUGGAGGGAGCAGUGGCAGGAGCAGUGGCGGGAGCAGUGGCAGGAGCAGUGGAGGGAGCAGUGGAGGGAGCAGUGAAGGGAGCAGUGGCGGGAGCAGUGGAGGGAGCAGUGGAGGGAGCAGUGGAGGGAGCAGUGGAGGGAGCUGUGGCGGGAGCAGUGGAGGGAGCAGUGGAGGGAGCGUGGAGGGAGCUGUGGCGGGAGCACGGGAGGGAGCAGUGGCGGGAGCAGUGGAGAGAACAAUGGCGGGAGCAGUGGAGGGAGCAGUGGAGGGAGCAGUGGAGGGAGCAGUGGCGGGAGCAGUGGAGAGAGCAGUGGAGGGAGCAGUGGCAGGAGCAGUGGAGGGAGCAGUGGCGGGAGCAGUGGAGGGAGCAGUGGAGGGAGCAGUGGCGGGAGCAGUGGAGGGAGCAGUGGAGGGAGCAGUGGAGGGAGCAGUGGCGGGAGCAGGGGAGGGAGCAGUGGCGGGAGCAGUGGAGGGAGCAGUGGCGGGAGCAGUGGAGGGAGCAGUGGAGGGAGCAGAGGAGGGAGCAGUGGCGGGAGCAGUGGAGGGAGCACUGGAGGGAGCAGUGGCUGGAGCAGUGGAGGGAGCAGUGGCGGGAGCAGUGGAGGGAGUAGUGGAGGGAGCAGUGGAGGGAGCAGUGGAGGGAGCAGUGGAGGGAGCAGUGGAGGGAGCAGUGGAGGGAGCAGUGGAGGGAGUAGUGGAGGGAGCAGUAGCGGGAGCAGUGCGGGGAGCAGUGGCGGGAGCAGUGGCUGGAGCAGAAGCGGGAGCUGUGGAGGGAGCAGUGGAGGGAGCAGUGGCGGGAGCAGUGGAGGAAUCAGUGGAGGGAGCAGUGAAGGGAGCAGUGGCGGGAGCAGUGGAGGGAUCAGUGGAGGGAGCAGUGAAGGGAGCAGUGGCGGGAUCAGGGGAGGGAGGAGUGGCGGGAGCAGUGGAGGGAGCAGUGGCGGGAGCAGUGGAGGGAGCAGUGGCGGGAGCAGUGGAGGGAGCAGUGGCGGGAGCAGUGGAGGGAGCAGUGGAGGGAGCAGUGGAGGGAGCAGUGGCGGGAGCAGUGGAGGGAGCACUGGAGGGAGCAGUGGCUGGAGCAGUGGAGGGAGCAGUGGAGGGAGCUGUGGAGGGAUCAGUGGAGGGAGCAGUGGAGGGAGCAGUGGAGGGAGCAAUGCAGGGAGCAGUGGAGGGAGCAUUGGCGGAAGCAGGGGAGGGAGCAGUGGCGGGAGCAGUGGAGGGAGCAGUGGAGGGAGCAGUGGAGGGAGCAGUGGCGGGAGCUGUGGAGGGAGCAGUGGAGGGAGCUGUGGAGGGAGCAGUGGAGGGAGCAGUGGCGGGAGCAGUGGAGGGAGCUGUGGCGGGAGCAGUGGCAGGAGCAGUGGCGGGAGCAGUGGAGGGAACAGUGGAGGGAGCAGCAGAGGGAGCAGUGGAAGGAGCAGUGGCGGGAGCAAUGGAGGGAGCAGUGGAGGGAGCAGUGGAGGGAGGAGUGGAGGGAGCAGUUGAGGGAGCAGUGGAGGAAGCAGUGGCGGGAACAGUGGCGGGAGCAGUGGAGGGAGCAGUUGAGGGAGCAGUGGAGGGAGCAGUGGCGGGAGCAGUGGAGAGAGCAGUGGAGGGAGCAGUGGCAGGAGCAGUGGAGGGAGCAGUGGCGGGAGCAGUGGAGGGAGCAGUGGAGGGAGCAGUGGCGGGAGCAGUGGAGGGAGCAGUGGAGGGAGCAGUGGAGGGAGCAGUGGCGGGAGCAGGGGAGGGAGCAGUGGCGGGAGCAGUGGAGGGAGCAGUGGCGGGAGCAGUGGAGGGAGCAGUGGAGGGAGCAGUGGAGGGAGAAGUGGCUGGAGCAGUGGAGGGAGCAGUGGAGGGAGAAGUGGAGGGAGCAGUGGAGGGAGCAGUGGCGGGAGCAGUGGCGGGAGCAGAAGAGGGAGCAGUGGCGGGAGCAGUGGCGAGACCAGUGGCAGGAGCAGUGGCGGGAGCAGUGCCGGUAGCAGUGGCGGGAGAAGUGGACGGAGCAGUGGAGGGAGCAGAGGAGGGAGCAGUGGCGGGAGCAGUGGAGGGAGCAGUGGAGGGAGCAGUGGGGGGAGCAGUGGAGGGAACAGUGGAGGGAGCAGUGGAGGGAGCAGGGGAGGAGCAUUGUAGAGGAAGCGGUGGGGGGAGCAGUGGAGGGAGCGGUAGAGGGAGCAGUGGAGGGAGCAGUGGUGGGAGCAGUGGAGGGAGCAGUGAAGAGAUCAGUGGAGGGAGCAGUGGCGGGAGCAGUGGAGGGAGCAGUGGCGGGAGAAGUGGAGGGAGCAGUGGCGGGAGCAGUGGAGGGAGCAGUGUAGGGAGCAGUGGAGGGAUCAGUGGAGAGAGCAGGGGAGGGAGCAGUGGCGGAAGCAGUGGAGGGAGCAGUGGCGGAAGCAGUGGAGGGAGCAGUGGCGGGAGCAGUGCAGGGAGCAGUGGAGGGAGCAGUGGAAGGAGCAGUGGAGGGACCAGUGGAGGGAGCAGUGGCAGGACCAGUGGCGGGAUCACUGGCGGGAGCAGUGGAGGGAGCAGUGGAGGGAGCAGUGGAGGGAGCAGUGGAGGGAGCAGUGGAGGGAACAGUGGCGGGAGCAGUGGAGGGAGCAGUGGAGGGAGCAGUGGAGGGAGCAGCAGAGGGAGCAGUGGAGGGAGCAGUGGCGGGAGCAGUGGCGGGAGCAGUGGCGGGAGCAGUGGAGAGAUCAGUGGAGGGAGCAGUGGCGGGAGCAGUUGCGGGAGCAGUUGCGGGAGCAGUGGAGGGAGCAGUGGAGGGAGCCGGGGAGGGAGCAUUGGUGGGAGCAGUGGCGGGAGAAGUGGCUGGAGCAGUGGAGGGAGCAGUGGAGGAAGCGGUGGAGGGAGCAGUGGAGGGAGUGGUGGAGGGAGCAGUGGAGGGAGCAGUGGUGGGAGCAGUGGAGGGAGGAGUGGCUGGAGCAGUGGCAGAAGCAGUGGCGGGAGCAGUGGAGGGAGCAGUGUAGGGAGCAGUGUAGGGAUCAGUGGAGGGAGUAGUGGAGGGAGUAGUGGCGGAAGCAGUGGAGGGAGCAGUGGCGGAAGCAGUUGAGGGAGAAAAGGCGGGAGCAGUGGAG